CAAGGGCCCAAACUCAAGAAAACUGCCAAUCGUAGGGGAUCCGCCGGUGAGCCGCUGCCGGGCGAGGCCACACGAGGCACCAUGCCAUUGGACUUGGCAUCAGUCUCGGCACAGUUGGAGCUCAAUGACAUCCCGGAGAGCGCCCAUGAGCCGGGCCCGGGGCACUACUUUGGGCCCGACAGCCAGGGCUUCAAUGCGAUGGGCAAGCAGAUGUUUAGCAAGUGCCGCUCGGCACCGGAGGUAAGCUUGCCCAAAACAGGCUGGGACAACUGGCAGAAGGUCACUGUCUCCAAGGCCGCAGAAGCCACUGGCCGCGGCCGGGACUCCCCAAGCUGCGCGUACACAGUCCCGACGACCCUGGACGUCGCCAGCCGCAAGGACGACGGGUCCUUCCACGGCUUCGGUAGCUCCAACAGGCCGGACCUCUCCCUCUCCCUGGGCGUGGAUCCCCACGGCUCUCCGGGCCCUGUGUAUAACGUGCGCGAUGCGCCUAUCGCACAGAUCUCCCAGGGCCGGGUGCCCAAGAGUCGGGACAACAAGAGCUUCGGCUGCUCCGAGCGGUUUCGCCCGGACAGGGGCGGCAGCAUUGGCCCUGGCCAGUACCGCCGCAAGGACUUCUCGCUGAGACUAGACAACGGCCGGUCCAUUGGCACCGGGCGCCAAGCCUGGGAGAAGGUGGUCACUCCUGGCUGGGAGUGCGAAGGCCGAUGUCGUGCCAGCCCCGGCGUGGGGCCGCCAAUGUGGAGCGAGGUCGUACGCGGUGGUGUUUCCAUCGGCAAGGCGGACCGCUUCCCAAAAGCAGUUGACGGUACCUGCAGCCCCGGGCCCAUCUACCAUUUGCAGGCUGGGCUCCGGGGCGGCUCUCCCGCCCCGCGGAAGAAGCCGCCGCCCAAAAAGGACGCGACCGAACUCAAGGAGGAUAAACUAAAGGAACCGCCACCACCGCCGCCGCCCACCUGUGGCAAGCCGCCCAAGAAGCCGCGGUUCCGUAUGCACCUAGUUCACAGCCUCUCCGGUGCCAAGCACGGCAUGUGGGGUGGGCAGAGUUUCAGCUGCUGAAUAAACUUCGAGGCAAAGAAAAAGACCCUUGGUGCCUCGGUUUGGCCAUUUCUAUCGGCCCACGGCACAGCUUCCUUUUCCCGGGCCUCACGGCUUGGGUUGGGUUGUCCAGAACUGAUCGACCGAUUCUCUAUCGAGUCACUGGGCUUGGAUAGUCCAUCCAGUUGUGCGGAUGUGUCGCAAUGUGCGGUGCUUGCGAGGCUACUUCUGAUGGCGUGUUUCAGGCCAUCCGGGUGUGGCCUGCAGUCAACCUAUUUCAUAGCGAGCUUGGG